AUGGCUCCUACGAACGGCAGGCUAAAUUUAAACGAUUCAGCUGUCUCUCUCCUCUAAUUUGCCAAAAGUUGCCUGCCUUAAUAUCGGUCACAGGUCUCCGGAGCUGAUCACAACACAACCAAAUUCUACCGUCGGAGCUUGGGAAAUCUGAUUUCCCAGCCUUUCGCGGUGAAAUUCUCACUUUCCUUUUGUCUAUUUCUCCGACUUUGAGUGGAUUUGGUGCGGGAAAUGCAAUUGAGGAAAUCAUGAAAAAGGUGACAAGGAAGGUGGGUAAGUAUGAAGUCGGCCGGACCAUUGGCGAAGGGACUUUCGCCAAGGUUAAAUUUGCACAGAACAUGGAGACAGGAGAGAGCGUAGCCAUGAAAGUCAUGGCCAAAAGCACCAUUCUCAAGCACAAAAUGGUUGAUCAGAUUAAAAGGGAGAUAUCUAUCAUGAAGAUUGUCAGACAUCCUAACAUAGUUAUGCUGCACGAGGUCUUGGCAAGCCGGACGAAGAUAUAUAUUAUUCUUGAGUUUGUUACUGGAGGAGAACUAUUUGAUAAAAUUGUUCACCAAGGAAGGCUUUCUGAAAAUGAAGCAAGGCGGUAUUUUCAACAGCUUAUAGAUGCAGUUGCUCAUUGUCAUAGUAAGGGUGUUUACCAUAGAGACCUGAAGCCUGAAAACCUACUUCUUGAUUCUGUUGGAAAUUUGAAGGUUUCUGACUUUGGAUUGAGUGCAUUGCCCCAGAAAGGGGUUGGACUUCUUCAUACCACAUGUGGAACCCCAAAUUAUGUUGCCCCUGAGGUGCUUAGCCACCAGGGUUAUGAUGGCGCUGCUGCUGAUGUAUGGUCAUGUGGAGUCAUUCUCUAUGUUCUGAUGGCUGGAUAUCUUCCAUUUGAUGAGGCAGACCUACCGACCUUGUACAAAAAGAUAAAUGCUGCAGAAUAUACUUGUCCAUUUUGGUUUUCUCCGGGGGCAAAGGCAUUGAUAGACAAGAUACUCGAUCCCAAUCCUAAAACUCGUAUACGGAUUGAAGGAAUUAAAAAGAAUCCAUGGUUUGAAAAAAAAUAUGUGCCUGUCAAAUAUAGUGAAGAAAGGGAAGUGAAUCUGGAUGAUGUUCGUGCAGUUUUUGAUGACAUUGAGGACCAAUAUGUGGCAGAACAGUCAGAAAAUAGUGAGAGUGGUCCUCUAAUAAUGAAUGCCUUUGAGAUGAUUACCCUGUCCCAAGGUUUGAAUCUAUCAGCAUUAUUUGACAGGCGACAGGAUUAUGUGAAGCGGCAAACUCGUUUUGUAUCCCGCAAACCAGCAAAAGUUAUAAUAUCAACAAUUGAAGCUGUUGCAGAAUCAAUGAGUCUUAAGGUUCAUACACGUAAUUACAGGACAAGACUAGAAGGAAUCUCUGCAAAUAAGGUUGGACAUUUUGCAGUUGUCCUAGAGGUUUUUGAAGUUGCACCAUCACUUUUCAUGGUAGAUGUCCGAAAGGCUUCUGGUGAUACUCUUGAAUAUCACAAGUUCUACAAAAACUUCUGUGCUAAACUAGAAAGUAUCAUUUGGAAGCCAACAGAUGGCGUGAAUCCCAGUCUACUUCUCUGAGGGUUUGAAGAUAAUCGUAUGUUUUGCCAUUUGUAUAUUAUGAUCUACUUGCAAGGUGUGAAAUUAUAAUGUUGUAAAAUUGCUAAUCCUGCUAUUAACCAACUACUUCAUAUGCUCCCUUCCCUCCUCUGUUUUAGGGAGACCUUUUACCCUCGUAUGUAGAAGCAAAUAUGCAAUGAGAAUUCAAUGUUGAGAUAGAGAUGAGCAUGUUAGAUUCCUUGGAUCA